GACCAAAAUAAACUGACGGGACGAACUCUCAAACCAGGUGGCUUUUUCCUCAUCGGCGGUGUCCUCCUCUUCUUUGACCGGGCGAUGCUUGCCAUGGGCAAUAUUCUCUUCCUAAUCGGCCUAACUAUAAUAAUCGGUCCCCAAAAAACUUUCACCUUCUUCGCACGCAAGCAAAAGGCCAAAGGCACGGCUGCCUUUUUCUCUGGUCUGGCUUUGAUUUUGAUGCGCUGGCCUCUGAUCGGCUUCUGCGUGGAGCUUUACGGGAUCAUGAUCCUCUUUGGCGACUUCCUGGGAACGAUAGCGGGUUUCGCGCGCAACAUUCCUGUUAUUGGACCUUAUAUCGGCACCGCGGUUGAUCGGUCUGGUGUGGUGGCGAGGCAGAAUGCGGAUUUGCCUGUUUAA